GAUCGAGACUCAAUUUGGCGGGAAAGUUUCCUAGGGAGCUUGCACUUGUAAAAUAUGGCUUUCUCUGCCGGUGAAGAAAAGCUGCCUGUUGACGACACUUACUCAGAGAUGAAAGAGAAUGAAGUAUCAAAUGAUUUAUCCCGCAAAAGAACUGAUUACAUAGAAUGGCCGGAUUAUUUUAUGGCUAUAGCCUUUCUAUCCUCGCAGCGAAGCAAAGACCCUUCGUCUCAAGUAGGGGCCUGCAUCGUAAACGAAGAAAAGAAAAUUGUUGGCAUCGGUUAUAAUGGGAUGCCGAUUGGUUGCGAUGACGAUCUGAUGCCAUGGAACAGGGAAGGGGAGUCAAUUCUGGAAACAAAACAUGCUUAUGUUUGUCAUGCUGAAAUGAAUGCCAUCUUAAACAAGAAUUCUGCAGAUGUAAAGAACUGCACAAUUUAUGUUGCUCUCUUUCCCUGCAAUGAAUGCGCAAAGUUGAUAAUUCAAUCAGGCAUUAAGGAAGUAGUUUACUAUAGUGAUAAGUACAAAGAACGCCUUGAAAUGCAGGCAGCAAAGAGAAUGUUUGACAUGGCAAAAAUAAAAUACAGGCAACAUAUACCAAAACAGAACAAAAUCACAAUUGACUUUCAGUUAAUCAACAAAAACAAGCCAAAACCAAGCGGAAUGCGAAAGCUUGCCUUCAGUCCUUGAAAACUUUUUAAAGGAUGUUUUGUAUAUUGGUAGCAUAACUGAUUUAUCUAAGUAAUACUGUAGCUCUAAAUUUAUUAAUUCGUGUCAACUUAUUUUCUAUAGAUUUUUCAAAAGUACUUUGUAAAAGGCAUGAGAAAAAUUAAGUAAAGUUGUAGGUAAUGCGUCAUUACACUAAGUAUGGUGGAAGUUAAUUAGGAUUAAUGAAAGAAUUGCCAUUUCUUUUAAGGUGUCAUUUUCGUUACUAGUCAUGUUCUGUUGAUUUUGCAAAUCAAAGUUUUGUUUAAAAUACCAAAAAGAUUUAUUAAAAGAGCCUAAUAAAAUUUAUACUAAUUUUCAAACUAGGCCUAUUUAUUAAGAUGGAUGUCAUGAUAGUAAUCAUAUUUUUAAGAGUUCCCUUGAGCUAUAAAAGUGAAAAAUGGUCUGUUUGAGUUAUUUUCAAGAAAUGUGACUUAAACACAUUGAUCAUGAAAUUGGAUGGAUAAAUCAUUCUAAUGAUUUUCUUUUAUUUAUUUAUAUACUAUUGUUGAUAUUUUAAAAAGUACUUUCAGAAAAAAUAUAAAUACCGUUUUUAUUUUUUGAUAAUUCUUCAUAUUUCUUCCUAUUUAUGUGUUCUUCAACAAUCUGAUGAAUUUUAGAAAAGGCCCCAGCUAAGCUGCAAUUUAACUGUACUGUUUGCAAAUGAAUAUGAUAUCUUACUGUUUUGGAUGUAGCUCUAAACAGGCCUCUGUUUCAAUACAUUAUCAUGAAAAUGAGAUUUAGAAACUUUCAAAGCAAACACAUUGAAACAAAGCUUUCAGCUUACCUACAAAGAUGGCCUGGCAAAAUUGUUAUUGAAUAUUUUUCUAAAUCAAACCCCUGAUUUCCUGCCUGAUUACAGUUUAACAGUCUCAAAAAGAAUCAUCUAAGACAAUAAAACAGUAGGUUUCACAUAAGUUAUCAAAGUUGUUAUUUCAGAGGCACAAUUUGCUAUACAAUCUUCUAUACUAGGACUGCUUUCUAAGGACUAGCCAAAAUGGUUAAUAUCAAAACAAAGCUAAUUUUUUGGUAAAUGAAGCAGUAUCAGAAAAGUUUUAUGAUAGCCAACACUAAUACAUGAUUGUUCUUUACUUUGAGUUCCGUUGGUUUUAGUGAGUUCCAAACUCUUUUAUUCAUCUUUUCUUCUUUUGCCUUCACUUCGCCUAUCAAAAAGGGAGGAUGAAAUGGAGAUUUAUGGAGAAACCUCAAAACCUUUCCUUGUUUGCACUUCAAAAUUAUAGCAAUAAAUAUAUGACAUUGAUGUUAAAAUAAUAUGUUUGGUUUUCUACAGGGCUAUCAAUAUUUGCAUUUGUCAUAGACAAUAUAAACAAGAAUAAAAAAUAAAGAAUAUAAAAAUUCAAAUUCUGUCAACUUUUAACAAUUCAUUAAAAAGGGGUUAUUCUUUAAAACCUUAACUUAGCUGAAAUUUAGUUCCCUGACAAGUAUUGAAUCACGAAUAGAUGAGAUGUUUUGUGAUUCUUAGAUUGUAUUCUAUACAUGUUACUGGUAAAAAUCUAGAUAAAAGCUUACCCAGGAUCUGCAUUCUUUCUCUUUGAUAUUAUCUGUUGAAAAAAUAGUUACUCAUUUAAUCAUCCCAACCAAAAAGGACACAUCCUAAUGAAUAAGCUGUUGAUGAAAAAUUGGCCCAAUUAACAAAGAAAUAAAAAAGGAAAGUAAUCAUCACAAGAAUCAAAAUAAUGCAAGUGUAAGCAAGGCUUUUGCUACAAAAACUAAAUUUUAUUUUGUCUUAUGAUCCUCCACCUCCCUAACUUAUCUAUCACCAAAUAUAUCAGAUGGUCUACUUCAUUAAUCAAUUUUAUUUUAGAAAUAAGACAGACAGUUACUGUCAAAUUCAUUGCAAAUGUUGUUGCCUACGAAUGAGUACUUAGAGUCAGUGGUGCCAUGGAGGGGCGGGGGCUUAUCUCCGCUUUUUAAAACUAAGAAGGAUUUUGGGGGGUAACCCCUAUUUCUUAGCAAACCAGUAUAUGUUUUGUUUAGUGAAUUCCUUACUUGGCAAUGUGAACUAAUCCUUUACUAUGAGCAAUUUAAAUUGGCCAUUCAGAUUUUGUGAAUAUUUUGAAUGAUUUCAUAUACACAAUACAAAAUCUUUACCACAAAUGCAAGUAUAUAGGGUGUGGUCAUGGGUGUGGUCAUCGGCAUGGCCUCUAGACGUUCCCUACAGCAUACCCCAUCUUCCCAUUUUUAGGACGGCACCCCUGCUUAGAGUGAAAGAAGCCCUCUUAAUUGUUGGUUUCCUCAUUGGCUUUAUAGUUGUUUUCCGUAAAACAUACCUGUGCAGUAAAACAUAUCUUUUAGUUCCGCACAAUUUUGCUAACAGAUCGAUUAGUGUGUGCAAAUGUACAUCAAACAUCUUUAGUAUAUCAACACAGGUGGUUCAAGUAAGCACUGGCUGAAUAAGCAGUGCAAGAAAGUGUCAAGAGAGGUCAUUCAUAUUGUAAGUAACAGUUUAAAGAGAAUUUUCACACACAAGAAUUCGAUUUCAGAGGAGAACGCUGAUCUUAAAAGCAACAUAGCAAGCGCGCUCGACCUGGACAGAAAAGUGGGGGUCACUGUUGUUCAAGAUUAUGCAUUACAAAAGCAUAUUGAAUCUGCUGGCAAGAUGUUUGAAACACAAACAUUUGAUUCAAACAGGAAAGAAAGACUUAGCGUUUCACGUUGUAUAAUGAUCUUGGUGGUGAAUAAUGAUUCUUUUUAUAACUUAUGAAGAAAUCCGUAUAUUUUAAAAUAUGCCAACAUUUCUUCCGUCUGCUUUAUUCCACACGAACUUGCCUCUUUCUGCGACCAAAAGUGUAAUAUUUUUUGAAGAGCGAACAUCACAGAUCGCUUGUCUUUGGAAUUCCUGAGGUGACCUCCAAAUCUAUAGUAAUUUGAGCGCUUUUUAGAAUCACCCUAGAUUUAAUGUAUGGGCAGGCAGUUUUAACGGUUCCACGUCAAGAAGAUUUUAGAUUAAACGGAAAAGAGGCGUUAUAAAAAAUUAUCCUGAUACAUGUGGACGUGGCCAGCAUAUCACGUCUAGGGCAUCGGACUGCCUUAAGCAAAAUAUCGUUUCCUAAGCUUUUACAGAUACCACUUACACGUAGUAAUCUGUACCGCCUCUUAAUCCGUGUUUUGAUCUUUAGCAAUAAUAACCGCUUGCGUCCACUUUCAACUCACUCAAGAAGGAUAAGGAGGCCUAAAGCAGCGACAUUUUUGUUAUGCAUCUUGCAAGCAGGGGGCGACUUGACGCAGAUAUACUUUUGACGUAAUUACAUCAAAACUUCCCUUUUAUGCUAAUACGUCUUAAAUGCCGAUAGGUAUGAUGUAAGAGUUUUGCAAUACAGUUCGUGCAACGAAGUCUGAAGUCAUUCUAUAAUAAGAUUAUCAAAAAGUUAAUCAAAUCAAUUACUACGAAGUGUGUUUGAAAGCGGGCUUAGCGGGAGAGACAUAAAACUUGAUAAAGCUUAUUGCAUGAACAGAAUUUUUAUUGUACUACCUAGCAAUUUCAAUGCUCUUGGAAAAAAUUCGUCGAAAACCUUGCCUAAACACAAUUAUCCUUAACGCGGAGAAUAUUAUUUACCAUACAUGGAGUGUGACACUAAAGUAAAAACGAACUUCAUUAAACAGCUCCAAACCUCUUCCCCAAAAUCUAAUUCAUAAAUGUCACAUAAUCUAGGUUCUAUUUUCUAGGGGGAAAUGAUUACGUGCAAUCACGGGCAAGUGAAUGACCAGGUUAAGAGAAAAAACCCAAACUCUCCAGUCAUUUAAAACACCAAACCUUUAAAAAUAUGGCAAGAUUUUUUUUAAAUUCAUUGACCUUACUCAAGGAACCUCGCUUCACCAAAAGGUCGGCUAUGUGUCUUUAUCACACUUCGUAUACACACUACUGUAGCUGAAACAUUGUCCUUUUGAAAAGUCUCUUAAAUAGAAUUUUGUUGAACAACAAGUUGACAACAGGCUUGCCAUUUGUCCUGUCGUGGGAUGGCCACCAGUGCUUGGUACCUCUAUUGUCAUUAUUGAUUUCAUAGGACAGGUAUGAUUUUUCCAACAACCUAUAUUUAUGACCAACUGAAAGUAUCUGGUAGGCUGGCUAUCUGCAUGGCGACUAACUGAACUGAUUAAUCAAUAGAAUAGAGUUACUCAGGCGGAAAAACCCUCAUUCGUAGCAAAUUCAAACCCAGAAUAAAGGUUGGGCUUUAACGGCGCAGUUUACAACCAUGAUAAACGCUGAACGUCCAUAGACACGGGAACCAACUAAUACCUUAGCGUCUGAAAAUGAACAGGAAUUAAAAAAAUCAGCUUAAAUGAUUUUAAUCACCAUCUCGCAGACGUCAAAAACUGCAAAAUCUUCUUACCUGACUUAUCUGCUGCCACUCUCUAUCAAGUUUUUGCUUUUCAGUCAUGUGACCACCCUUUGUUCUUGUUUUCCUUCCAUCAGACAUCUUUAUACCAAAUUGAAACGCAGCCCUGCAACAUAGAAAUCGUCAGCUACUUCAUCGAAUCAUUAAUCUGUAAAUCUGUGGUUAUACAGAGAUUCGCUAUUUCAGAAUUCCGGUUAGAAGUCACGCAGGGUCAGUUUCCGGAGCAAAAUACCGUGCAAAGGUGGGUAAGCGUAAACUAUUUCAAUAUAAAAAUAUUCAGAGCCCACAAAGCCUCAACUGGCGUGGCUUAAUAAAUGUAAACAAGGCGACAUAUAUUUCACAUUUAUAUUUGAAAAGAAAACACCUGUUUUACAAGAAUCUAAUAAAAUUGCUCGAUGCCGUGAAGACGGAGCUGCAAACUCGGCUUUUCGAUUAAGAACGGUCCUGUUCUACGUGCCAAAGCGUACACAGAAUUUUACAUGAAGAACAUUAGGUUUUAUGGCUCCUCCUCCUUGUACAUAGCUCCAAAGCAGAACCCUACUCAAUUGGUAGGCACAUACCUAUUAUCACCAGUCAAAUCCUUGCAUCAAUAAUCUAGCCAAAACAGUUGAACAAGCAAACAUUUGACAUGAUAUGUUUACAUAAGAAUGAAGAGCGAUUGAUUCUUCAUAAUUACAAACUUCAAAAUUAUUUUUUUUGCAUUCCUAGCGUCCUAUAGUUCUAUUAUGCCUGCAGGCAAGCGUGUGUCUGUACAAGACCUCUGGCUAACCACAUUCACACCUUUUCAGCAACCUUGAGAAUGCAUAAUGCGUAGCAUUAGCUAAUUAGAGCAACCAAACGUCUGAAUGAGCACAGACCCUGCCACAACAAAUGCUUUAUGGCCUAUUUAAAUAAUCAACAGUACCCAAUAGUCGCCCCUCAAGAACACCACUCUGCCAAUUAAUCAGGUACAAAUAGAAGCAUAAAAGUUGCUGUCUAAAACAUAUCUUCAUAUUCACUUAUAUCACAUAUUCAAAUGUAACACUGGGUAGGCACUGGGCAACUUGAAAUAUUUACAAAUCUAAAAAGGACAAAACAUUAUUAAUUAACAGGGCUACGUCCAGUUAGGUAAUUGAUAUUUCCUCUUUUUCAACUCGUUUGGGGACUUUCACCCGGGAGGGCUGUUCCACUAAUGCAAAAUUUCUUCGGACCACGCCCUUCGGAACAUCGCAAAAAACGUCUUUUGCAAACGUUAUUUUAGAAAGAUGUGAUAAUAUUACAUGAGCCCCACCAAACAGACAAAUCAAAAAUCAAAAUCUCUGGAAAUGACUGAACAAUACAGAAGAUGGAAUCAAUACGCACUUCGGUAACGCCUCUCUCGAUUCCAUGUAUUUGUUAUAUUCCUCUUCGUUGUCGAAAUCCCAUCUGCCAACCGGACCUUUCUUGUUGCCCUGCAAUCAUUUAAAGCGAUAAUUAAAGAUUGAAACACAUGGUGAGCAUUUCUAUUAAAUAUCUUUUAUAAAGUGUUCAAAAAUCCGUCGGCAUUGCGAUCUGCCAUUUUUCUUACUGAGAAAAACAUUUGACUGAACAAGGAAAAUCUAGGUAGAUGUUUUUGGAAACUUACCAGGUCCAUUUUGGUGUAAUCUGCCUCAUCGUCAGUAUCUCCAGCGGCAUCCUCCAUUUCAUAUGCACUAAAAAUACAUAAACAAAGAUACAUAAACAAACAUAUGUUUGAUUACAGUCAUGCCUGUCGAGUGGGUUUGUCAUCUAGCAUCUUGCUCAUUAAGGCAAGUAGGUACUACAAAUGUUUAUGUUUUAGAGUCACUCCUACGUCAGGAAGAAAAUUUGAGGAUCUAACAUUAAAAUCAUGAUCAAGCAUAAAUAGUUGCGAUUUUGCGUUGCUAAACUUGUAAAAUGUACCAAAUUCAUAAGCAAGAUUAAAAUCAUGCUAAAAAUCUCCCUUUAUCUUUUAACCAGAGCACAUUUUAUAAG